AGCAUGAGUGGCAGCUGGACUCCAGUGAUUGCCCUCGGCGUAAUCAUCUACGCAAGUUUAGUUAUUGGUAAAGCGUUAGAUCCAAAUACUCAACUAUCAAUUCAACAGAGUCAACAGCCUGCUGCGCAAAGCCGAGUUGGAUAUGAUUAUACACCAGCACAUCAUGAAGAACAUGUUGUAGACGAUCAUCAUCAUCACGAACACCAUGACCCAGGAUACUGGAAAAAGAAACUUAUCUGGAAACCUGGAUGGAAGAAGAUCUGGAAGCCAGCAAAGAAACAAAUAUGGAAACCAGAUUGGAAGAAAUACUAUAAACCAGUAUGGAAAGAAAUUCAAGUACCAGCAUGGAAAGAUAUCCAAGUACCUGCUUGGAAAAAAGUAUACAAACCAAUCUGGAAGGAAAUCAAAGUGCCAGCCUGGAAGGAAAUUCAAGUACCAGAUUGGAAAAAGAUUUACAAACCAGUAUGGAAAGAGAUACAAGUACCAGCAUGGAAAGAAAUUCAAGUACCAGACUGGAAAAAGAUAUACAAACCAGUUUGGAAGGAAAUUCAAGUACCUGCAUGGAAAGAAAUUCAAGUACCAGCUUGGAAACAAUUAUGGGUGCCAGAAUGGGUGAAAGUAGGAAUUCCAGGUGAACAUUAUCAUGGUAAAGAUGCUCAUGGAUGGGAAUACACAUCACACGAUUUAUGGAAAAAGAAAUUAAUUUGGAAACCAGUAUGGAAGAAAUAUUGGAAACCAGCCAAGAAACAAAUCUGGGUAUCAGACAAAAAAUUAGAAUGGAAAGAAGCAUGGAAACAAAUAUGGAGAACCGAAAAGAAACAAAUUUGGGUAGCCGACAAAAAAUUAGAAUGGAAAGAAGCAUGGAAACAAAUUUGGAAACCAGCGAAAAAACAAAUUUGGGUAUCUGACAAGAAAUUAGAAUGGAAAGAAGAAUGGAAACAAAUUUGGAAACCAGCUAAAAAACAAAUUUGGGUAGCAGAUAAAAAAUUAGAAUGGAAAGAAGCCUGGAAACAAAUAUGGGUACCUGAUUGGAAAGAAAUUUGGGUACCAGCAUGGAAGAAAAUAUGGAAACCAGUAUGGAUAUCUGAAUGGUUCCCUUCACCUGAUCAUCACGAUCACCACCAUAGUGACCAUGGAUGGGAUCGAAAAGAUCAAGUUACCAAUACUCAGGUCGAUGUUGUAGCGAGUCAGCAAUUAGAUACAAAUAGAUUAUAUAAACGUAAUAGUCAAGAAGGUGUACAAGCCACUGUAGCCGUAUCACAAGCUUUAACACCCCCACAAGUUUCAAACCUACAACAAUCCUUAAUCCCACCACCACAAACAAAUCAACAAACAUCCAGUUGGAGUUUCCCAGCAUAA